AUGGCAUUAGCAGCCCUUCCUCGCGCUGCUGUACCCAACAGCUUGCUAGCAACAAGUCCACGUGCUUGGACAAGUAGUCAAGAUGCGCGGCCGGGCGGCCAGAAGCGGAUACAGAGGAUAAUGUCAGCAUGCUGUAUUCUCAUUGGUGCAAAGACAGCAUCUUCACGCGCUUCGUGCACCAGCCAGUUUGCCAAACUAAAAGCCAAGAAGGGGAAGUCGCAACCAAAGAGGUUCGGGCCAAAAAAGCUGAUGAGCGGGUAUUGGCAAGAGGACUUGGAGAUUGACAAUGACAUCGACGUGUUCGAGUGGUUCAAUGCAGAGGAACUACUUGGGGAUCCGUCUGCCAAGAUUACGAACCUUCGGGAAGUAGCGCGGUACACAAUCCACCCGAAUGGUUCCGCCGAUGCUUUUGAUGCACCAGAUUACCGACAACCUCCCCCAAAUAUUCAACUUGCCAAGGGUUUGAAAGAUGCACCUGAAGUUGAUCAAGGUUUUGGUCGGUCCUUCACUGCUGAUAUGCUUGAUGAAGUUUCCAAGUUUGGUGGAGAGGGAUUUACACUUCAGAGCGCUGACGUGGUGAUAAGUUUCCAUGCGUUAAGAACCUUGUUAGCAUUUGUCGACGGGACGUUGACAGAGGACAUGCGCUCCAAAGGCCUGAACAACCGGCGAGGAAGUCAAGCCGAGCGCAUCGACCUUUGCAGAGUUGGACGGUUGCCUGAUGCCCCAGGAACGAUUUUCAUUGGUACCGUGUGGAACUGGGUGCCCGAAAAUGCCGCUGCAGGUAGCGCAAAUUUCAACAAGCGGUCUUAUGAUGUAAAUUUCGAGCAGGUGGUGUCAGGCAGAGACACAGUCUCUGGCCCGCAUUCGGUUCGGGAAUUGGAUGAUCCUGUGCAUUACAGGCUUCUUGAUUACAAGGUAGGAGAUUUGAAGCUUGUUGUCCGAGUGCCGAUUGCAUGCACAAUGCCGCGAAUCGACGAUGAAGCCAUGCCGAACCCUGGGAUGGGCGUAGAGUGCUCAACCGCCAACGAACGCGAUGCUGGUGAAGUCUGGGGCGCUACCCUAGGCUCCAAGCUUGCCGAGAUGCAGCUCGGCAACAUAGGCAUGCUAGCACGCGCCAUCGUUGACAAAGGUUUCAUCGUGGACUUGCAAGAACUCACACAGGACGACCUGAAACUGGACAGGCCUGGCCUUGCAGAGGAAACGGAAGCCUUGGUGGGCAGGCUGGUGGGCCUCCUCAGGCGGGUCAAGGAGGUUUCAAACUAUCCAGGCUGUUCUGAUCGGGUCUUAUACCUGCAGUAUUGUGAUGCCGAGCUUCGUCUCAUAUCACCUUGGUCCGAUGAAGACCUCGAAAUGCUGCAAAACCAUCCAGACAUUAGCGACCAAGAAGUAGAGCAGAUGCUGUUUGGGGCAUGA